GGAAGGCGCUGCGGCUGGUGACGCGGGCAGGCCUCGGGCUCGGAUGGAGGAGGAGCCCGGCCAUGCGGGGCCAUGGGCAGCAGGAUAGAGUGUGUGUUUUUCAGCGAGUUUCACCCGACUCUCGGUCCGAAAAUCACCUUCCAGGUGCCUGAAGAGUAUAUCUCAAGGGAAUUGUUUGAUACUGUCCAAGUAUACAUCAUAACAAAGCCAGAGUUACAGAACAAACUCAUUACUGUUACUGCUAUGGACAAGAAGCUGAUUGGCUGUCCUGUAUGCAUAGAACAUAAGAAAUAUGUGAGGAAUGCACUGCUCUUCAACUUGGGCUUUGUUUGUGAUGCAAAAGCCAAGACCUGCUCCUUGGAGCCAAUUGUUAAAAAGCUGGCAGGUUAUCUCACUACACUGGAGCUUGAAAGUGGUUUCAUCUCCAAUGAUGACAGCAAGCAGAAACUGGUCCCACUGAUGACUAUUAUUCUGGAGGAUUUGAAUGCCCGUGGAGAGUGUUCUCUGCCAAUAGAUGAAUCCAAUACCAUUCACCUAAAGGUGAUUGCACAGCGGAGGGACCAGCCUGUGGUACAGGAAUAUGAUGUGCCAGUAUUCACUGAGUGUAAGGAGGAUUUUAUCAAAAUUCACUGGGACCUGACUACACAGCAGAUUCUACCCUACAUUGAUGGAUUCCGUCACAUCCAGAAAAUCUCUGCAGAAGCAGAUGUAGAAUUGAACCUGGUGCGGAUUGCAGUGCAGAAUUUACUGUACUAUGGAGUUGUGACUUUAGUCCCGAUAUUCCAGUAUUCUAAUGUGUACUGCCCUACUCCCAGGGUGCAAGAUCUGGUGGAUGACAAAUCCUUGCAGGAGGAGUGUCUGGCAUAUGUCACAAAGCCAGGACACAAGCGUGCCAGUCUGCGAGAUGUCUUCCAGCUAUACUGUGGGCUCAGCCCUGGCACCACAGCUCGAGAUCUCUGCUCCCGCUAUGCUCAACAACUUCAGCAUGUGGAUGAGAGGAAGCUGAUUCAGUUUGGUCUGAUGAAGGGACUGAUUCGACGGCUGCACAAGUACCCAGUAAAGGUCAACUGUGAUGAGAGGAACCGAUCACCACGUCUUUACACUGGGUCACAUAGCUAUGAUGAGAUCUGCUGCAAAACAGGAAUUAGUUACAAAGAAUUGGACGAGAGACUGGAGAAUGACUCGAAUAUCAUUGUGUGUUGGAAGUGAGAGUGCAACAGUCACUUGGUGUUGGACUGUGCAAUCGCUUAACAAUGUUCAGGAGACACCAAACCAAGGGACUGCUUUGCAAAAGGAACACUAUAAAACAAUUGAUGAUGCUGACCUGGAAUGGGUCAGCUCUGCUGGCCUGCAGGGCUGGUAAAUCUCCUGACCUCCUCUACAAACUUAAAAUGGGGGGGACGUGUGCAAUACAAUUUCCCCUUCAAUAGCUUCUGAGUCAGAAGUGUUAGGUGGGAUGAAGCCUCUUUAACUUGCAUAGAUGUAGUUUUUGCAUUCAACUAUUGUGUGCUGCAUAUAAGCAUCUUAUUCAUGAAUGUGGAGUCACUCUGUUCCUUUCUGGUCCAUGUAAAUCUCUCAUUGUUUACGAUACUUUCUGGUAAAUAUUCCUCAAUUGUUGUUCUGCCAAGUUCACUCGCUGUUCUUUUCUGAGCUAACGGUCUCAGCUAGGACACCAGAUAGGGCAGUGCCUCUGAGUUUGGUGGAAUCUCCACUUCUAACGGAUCUGGGCCACCCACAGAUCCCUGCUGGAUAGGAUCAAGUUACCAAUGAUGUCCUCAAUGUUGAAUUUCACAUAUCUUGCCAACACUGAAAAAUGAGCACAUGAAUGUUUACUGCAGGUCUUCAGUGUAUAUUUUGAACCAGGCAAGUCAGUGCCUUUUAGGAGAAUGGAAAUAUAUAAACCUGUACAAAUUCUUGUAAUUGUUUCAGAUACAUGGAAUUAUAUAACAGUAACUAACGUUGUUUGUGGAAUUUCAAUAAUCCUUGUGCCUGCUGAGCAAUGACGUCAGUAAUCAUUACUAAUGGAUUAAUCUAUCCUGUCAGCUUGGCUCACUCGCACCUCCAAGGCAGAAUGUCAUGGAUUCAAGUCCCACUCUCGAGAUUUGGUCACAUAAUCUAGGCUAACACAUCGGAGCAGUACAGGAGGAGUGCUGUAUCCUAGUCCCAGUAUGCUGCUUCAUAUACUAAAUAUUCAGAAAACAGGAAUUUCUGUCAUGAACGUAAACAUUCUUUCUUCAUCAAGUACCACUUAAAUCAUUAUCUGGUUAGUGAUUUUUCUGGCUGUUCUGGAGUCCCAGGUUGGCUAUUCUUUCUUUCGUUACAAGUAUUUGCUUCUGCUGUUAAUAGAUCACAGAUGUCCUGGACAUGUGAAAGGUGCUAUGUAAUUGCAAGAUCUCUUUCCUCUUCUCACUGAUUUUUUCCCCUUCCUCCUAUUUUUCCCCACUUCCCUUUCUUUCUCUUCCUAUAUCCAACAUCAGAAAAGAACCUUUCAGUUACAUGACUUUAAAAUACAGAGUUACCAAAAUCCUGCCUACCAGUACCAGCAUCUGCUUUUCACAAAAUGUACUGGCUCUUCUCUGAGCAUCCUUUAGAUUGCAUUGGAACCUCUCAGUAAGAUUUAAACUUAACCCCUGGUCCACAACAUCUUUUAUUCUGUAACACGUGGACAGCAAUUAUUUUUCUACCCUCAGUUUCUACCUAAUGACUACAUAUCAUGACUAAUGACUUGUCUUGUUUCCUAAACUGCAAAUAACUGCAAAUAACUGACCUUGGAACUUUUUAUUAUUGAAACCAUUUUUGUGUUCUAUCUUUACUUACAGAACCCAACUAGAGCAGUCACAUAAAUGCCAGCUACACAGAAGUCGGGGCCCAGGCAUUCUGUGGUGUGACUCGCCUCCAGCCUCAUCAAAGCCUUUCCAACAGUAUAAGUCAGGAGUGUGAUGGCAUGCUCUCCACUUGCCUGGAUGAGUACAGUUCCAAUAACAAACACGCCAAAGCAGCCAAUUUGAGCAACACCUCUUCCACUACCUUAAACAUUCAAUCCCUCUACAACGGCACACCUUGUCUGUAGAGUGGAGCAUCUACAAGAUGCAUUGCAGCACAUGAACAAAUGAAUAGGGAGCAGUCAGGCCCUUAAUCCUGCUUCCCCUUUCAAUCAGUUCAUAACUAAUCUAAGUUGUAACCUCAGCUCUACAUUCUUGCCUACACUGCUAGUCUUUCACCUCCCCUGCACCCCCUCCCCACCCACUUAUCAAGGAUCUAUCUACCUCUGCCUUAAAAUAUUCAAUGAUCUGCUUCCACCACCCUUGGAGAAAGAGAGUUCCAAAGACAUUCAAUCCUCAGAGGAACCAAUCUUUUUCUUACAUGGGCAAGGCUUUGUUCUAGAAUCUCCCACAAGAUGAAACGUCCUCUAUACACCCCAUCAGGUCCCUUCAGGAUCUUGAAUCAAUUUUCCCCUCUCACUCCUAAAUGCUAGCAGAUACCAGCCUAGACUGUUCUAUUUUUCAUAUGACAACCUGUUCCAGUAAACCACUGAACGGCUUCCAAUGCAUUGAUAUUAAAUAAGGAGAUCAGUACUGUCUGCAGUGGUUCAUGAGUAGCCUUCCUAGCAACUCACUGAUCAUCCUUCAAUAUGCAUCUUCAAAACUCUCAACUUUAGAUGGACAACAGACAAUAAGGCACAUCAUCUGACAGUCACACACCAGGGUGACUUGGAUAUAUAUUGCUGAUCGUUUAUCAUCAAAAUCCUCAAGCUCCCUACCGAAGAGCACUAACAGUGCCUUCAUUGCCUGGGUCGAGGCAGUUCACCUCAAGCACUAACGGUGCCUUCAUUGCCUGGGUUGAGGCAGUUCACCUCAAGCACUAACGGUGCCUUCAUCGCAAGGGUUGAGGCAGUUCACC